AUGGAAAACCAAAGCUUCGAAAGAUCGUCCCCAGACGAAUCUUCCAGUAGUACUUCAGACGCUACAGUAAGAAAAGGCUCAAAUCUGCCUUACCAAAUUGAAUGUGAUCUCAAUGGUGAACGGAAAACUACGGUAAGUUAUCUUUACUUACCGGUUUUUAAAACAGUUCUUGUUAUAAGUGGAGUAGGUGGGGAAGGAGGGAGGAUAAAAAGAAUAGUGUAGCGUAAGUCAAGUAGAAUAAGUCAAGAAUAAGGCUAGGAUAAAGACAAUGCUAAGCCAGGGUGAGUAGGAAUAGGGCUAUUAGAGAAAAAGCAGCAAUAAUUAAAGACUAGGGCAGGAAUGGCUAAAGUAGAGAGGACUAAAAUAGAAAGGCCUAAGAUAGAUAGAGCUAGGGUAGACACAGCUAGGGUAAGCAGGGUUAUGGUAGGCAGAGCUGGAUAGGGAGGGAUAAGGUAGACCUGAUUAUUGUCUGGGCUAGCGCAGUGUUAGAGAAGAACUAACAAUAAGAAAGAACUAGAAGAAGCAGGGCUAGGAUAGAGCCCUAGUCCAAUGUCCUACGUCAUAAGUUAGAUAAGGCUAUGAUAAUUAAAGCUCAAGUAGACACAACUACCGUAGGUUGGGUUAUGGUAGGCAGAGUUGGGGUACGUAUGUAGGUAUGGGGUAGACAUGGUUGAGGUAGGACUAUGGUAAGUAGGACUAGAGUAGGUAGGGCUAGAGUAGACAGUGCUAGGGUAGGGGCGCUAGAGUAGGGGACGCUACGGUAGGGGGCGCUAAGGUAGGGAGGGUUACGAUUACGAUAAAGCUAUCAUACUUUUAAAAAAAGUGGUAGAUUUUCAAAUGUUUUUUUAGAUUCACAUAACCGACCGGUCGGAAUCAAUAAACCAACCGCUGGAUUAUAUUCCUGAAUAUUCAAAUGAACCCUCAAGUGGACCUAUGCGCUAUAUUGAAGUAGUACAAACCAAAAUAGGAGAGGUUAUAACACAAAAUCAAAGAGCAUUUCACAUUGGUGUAUAUUUACUGUUUAUUUCUUUGUUUCAUUGUUUUUUGGGUAAGUUUAGGUAACAAAACUUUGGAAAUUAGCUUUAGCCUUAGUCAAAUUUUUAGCUUAGAGCCCUAACCCAGAGCCCAGAGCCCUAGCCCAGAGUUCUAGCCUAGACCCCUAGUCCAAAUUCUUAGCCCAGAGCUCUAGACCAACCAGAACCUUAGCCCAUAACAAUUAGUGGUGAAAGCCCGGCCGGACCAACUUUUCAAGCCUGGUUUGCAAACCGAGCCUAACUUUAAGACCUGGCCUAUUUUGUCUUUAGCUCAAGGCCGGCCCGGCACGAUUGUAGAGCUGGGUGAGACGGGCUGCGCUGGGCUGGGCUAAGCCGAGCCUACACGACUUGUAGGGCUAGGAUAGGCAGGUUAGCUUAGGAUUUCUAAACUUUUCAAAAUUUUUAAAAAUAAAUUUUUUUUUAAUUUCAGGCUUAGCACUAGCUAAAAACUACAAAAAAGCCGAGCCGUUGUUGAUUUUAACUAUUAUUGUUUGGGUUUACAUUAUCUACCGUAAAUUAUUUGUUCGAUUACUGGGUAAAAAGGUAAAGGCUGCAGUGACACCAUAUAUGAAUGAGAUUUCAAAAAUAUGUCAACGGAGGAUUGUCAAGAUGUAAGUUGUUUUACUAUUGUCCUUGUUUUAAUAUUUGGAUGCUUUUUGGUACUAUAUAGUACUAAGUGUAAAAAUUCAGUGUUCUUUUGACUUAUAAGUACUAUACAGUACUAAAAUUUUAAAAAUUAAAUUUUUAUGAACUUGUAGUACUGUAUAGUACUAAUAUGUUAAAAGCUUUUUUUUAACUCUUAGUACUGUAUAUAGUACUAUAUAGUACUAAAAUGUUUAUUAUGGUAAAGUACUAAACAGCUCUAACAUUCUUAGAUUUUCUAUAAUUUUUUUCGAUUAUUGUACAUAUACUAUAUAGUACGUUGAAUAAGUUAUAAAGUAAUAGAUAGUACUAUAUUAAAAGUCAAUUUAUCAUAGUACUCUACAGUACUAGUCUAAAAACCCCCACUUUUAGUGCGGUCUAUGCCACGAUGAUAUCCUUAAUCUUAAUAUUUAUAAUCAUCGACACGACAGACGAUCGUCAACGACUGGUCGGUUUAGCUGGAAUGUCAUUUUUAAUAUUACUAAUGGUUUUAUGUUCACAUUCACCAUCAGACAUCAACUGGCGACCAGUCAUAGUAGGGUUUUCACUUCAAUUUGUGAUAGCACUGAUAGUAUUGAGGUGGGAUUGGGGUGAACGGCAAUUCAAUGAAGGGACUGAACUGAUCAUAAAGUUCUUGGACUUUACUAAUAAUGGCACGGACUUUGUGUAUGGAUUCUUGGCUAGUCCACCAAACAUUUGUGGAAUGGAUCCCGUUUUUGCUUUUAAGGUAUUUUUACUUGUUUUUUAUUUAUGCUCUUGCUCUUGCUCUUCUCUCUUUUUCUUUGCUUUGUCAUGGUCUGCCUUGUCCUGCGUGAUCAAUUAUAUCACCUUAUAUGUUAUACACUGUUAUACGUUACAGGCCAUUCAAGUAAUUCUCUACUUCGGCGCCGUAGUAGCCCUACUCUACUACUACGGUAUAAUGCAGUUUUUCCUCAAAAAGAUGGCGUGGCUAGUUCAACUAACCCUCGGUACAACAGCUACAGAGUCAGUGAACGCGUGUGCGUGUGUCUUCCUCGGCCAAAGCGAAGCGCCACUAUUGAUUCGGCCAUAUGUGAUAAAGAUGACAGCCAGUGAGAUUCAUGCCAUUAUGACUAGUGGAUUCUCCUGCAUUGCCGGAUCAAUGUUUGCCGCGUAUAUUGCCUUUGGCGCGUGUCCAACGUACUUACUAUCGGCUACGGUUAUGAGUGCUCCUGGAUCGUUGGCGUGUUCCAAGAUUCUGUUUCCUGAAACUGAAGAGUCACAGCUAAAGACUAUUGAAGAUUUGGAGUUGCCGCCUGGGUAAGAGUAGCAUGAAGGAGUUUGUUUUAUUUUAAAAAUCUCAAAGUUUUAAAAUUAAAUUUAAUAUUUUUUUUGUGAAUAACAAGGAAAGCACUCGCCCUGCCUCGCUCUCAGUGAAUUCAAACUUUUUAUAUAGGAAAAUUAUGUAAAUAUAAUGUCUUCACCAAAGUACUAAAUUGCAUUUUCCAGGUAAUUGCGAGAAAUUCGAGAGUAAAAAAUUACGUUUUGAAUUUCUCGCCAGAUUGGCAUUGUGUUUCAAGCUUAUAACUAUGUAAUUUUUUGACCUUUAAGAAUUUGUCUUUGAUAUACUAGUAGAACAGCUUUAAAUGAAAUUACAUUAUUAAAUUUGUAAGCCUAGCUUUUCUGGAAAGUUGCAAAAAGCUCUUGGAACACAAUGCCAAAUUUUCCAACUCAAAGGCAAACUCAAAAAUUUAAAUUUUAAAACUUAAAAACGCGAGCUAAAGUUUUUUAUGGGUACUAUUGGUGCUACAAGAAGUUCAUAUAAAAAUUUUAAGCUGCUUUUGAAAAGGGCAAGUCGGGCACUUUCCUUGUUGGUGAGUUCCGCCACGACUUUUUGAAUCUACGAAUAUUGUUCAUUUUUAACAGCUUUUUUGCUAAAUUUGUUUUUUUUUUACUUUACCCUAUCCUACCCUACAAACUACUGUAAUGUAAAACCCGCAUUGCUACAAGCACUAUGUACUAUAAUAUGUUUUAACUUCAGAACAGAAAGCAAUGCCCUUGAAUGCAUAUCCAAUGGUGCCAUAGCCGGAAUCGAGAUUAUCAUGGCUAUCCUUGCCAACCUGAUUGUAUUCCUCGCUCUAUUGGCCUUCGUCAACAGUACGAUUAGUUAUGCCGGCGACUUGGUGGGUUACUCUGGCUGGUCGUUGGAGUUGUUCUUGGGCUACCUCUUUUACCCUCUGGCAUUUAUAAUGGGCGUGACGGAAAGUGAGGAAACCUUGAAAGUAGCUGGUCUAAUGGGCACUAAGACAAUGCUAAACGAGUUCAUCGCUUAUCGACAGCUGGGAGAGAUGAUAUACGAACAUAAGUUGUCGGUAAGGAUUUUUGAAAAAAAAUUUUUUUUAUUUUUAAAUUUUUAAAAUUCACAUUUAGGAACGCUCAGCAAUGAUAGCGACAUACGCCUUGUGCGGAUUCUCAAACCUCGGUUCAGUUGGUAUUCAACUGGGCGUGUUAGGUGGGAUCGCUCCAACUCGGAAGGCGUUAUUUUCCAAAAUUGCCUUCAGGGCUUUGUUUGCGGGUUCAAUUUCUUGCUUUAUGACUGCAUCUUUGGCUGGUGAGUCGGCUUUAUUAUAAUUUAUUAUAUUGAUUAUUCUGGGUUGGUAGGAUGGUAUAGUAUAGGCAGUGUUUUGCCGGACCGGUCCGGUCCGGAUUUUCAAAAAUUGCAAGAUUGAAAAUAACUUUUUAGCUUAUAUUUUAGAGUUUUAAAAAAUAAAUAACUUUUGUGAAGGUCCGUCUUUGGUUAUCAAGUUAUUACCGAAAUGGACCGCCCGGACCGGCAAGACCGAUUCGGUCCGGCCGGUCCAAAUGUUUAGCGAGGAACUUGUAUGAGACGGACCUUCACAAAAGUUAUUUAUUUUUUAAAAUUUCAAACCAUAAGCUUAAAAGUCAUUUUCAAUCUUGCAAUUUAAAAAUCCGGACCGGACCCGGUCCGGCAAAACACUGAGUAUAGGGUAGUAUAAUAGGAUAAAGGUGGGUUAAAGUAGGAUAAAAUAGGGUAGAGCAGGGCAUGACUGGGUAAGGCAAGGCAGGGCAACUUGAGGUAAAUACUUGCGGAAAAUCACUCUUAUUGUUAGCGAAGCCCCUUCCACGACGUAUAAAAUUGGUAAAUCUUUGCUAUUUUCAGGCAUCCUAGUGACAAACCCAACUAAAUGUAUGCCUAACGUUCAAACCACUUGCUUUGAUGUUGACAAAUACAAAGUUUUACUAAAUGAAACAUCAUCAUCAUUGGCUUCUUUACUUACUCAUACGGAAUUGUAA